AUGGCAUCAGAAGUGAACGAGUGGUACAGGGGGAGGAAGGUGUUGGUAACCGGUGCUUCAGGGCUGAUGGGGAAGGUCUUGAUCGAGAAGCUUCUAUACAGCGUGCCGGACAUAGGGUGCGUGUACGCGCUCGUGCGGAGCAAACGUGGGAAAUCACCUGAAUCGCGGAUAGAGGAUAUGUGGAAACUACCUUUAUUCUCUAGAAUAAGAGAAGAGAAACCACAUGUCAUGAAGAAGCUUGUACCAGUUGUCGGUGAUAUAUUAUUUGAUAACCUGGGAAUAGAAAAAAAGCAACUGGAAGAAAUUUAUAAUGAGGUCUCAAUAGUAUUUCACUUCGCAGCCACUCUUCGCUUAGAAGCUCCUCUAAAAGAAGGCUUAGAGAUGAACACCAAAGGAACGCUUCGGGUACUGGAAAUAGCCAAAAAAAUGAACAAACUCGUAUCUUUCGUACAUCUAUCUACCGCUUUUUGCUAUCCAGAUUAUGAAAGGAUGGCUGAAAAGGUCCACGAUCCACCAGCCAACCCGCACCAAGUGCUGAGUGCCGCGAGCUGGCUCUCCGAUGAACAGCUCAACCUGUUAGCGCCCUCCAUGAUGCAGAAACACCCAAACUCGUACACAUAUUCGAAACGGUUAGCUGAAGCUCUUGUAAAGGAGAGCUACCCUGUAUUACCGACAGUUGUUGUACGGCCGAGUAUAGUAACUCCUGCCUACAAGGAGCCGACUCCAGGCUGGGUGGAUAAUCUUAAUGGACCCAUAGGAUUAAUGAUCGGUGCAGGUAAAGGGGUCAUCAGAAGCAUGCAUUGUUACGGUCACUACCACGCGGAAGUAAUCCCCGUGGAUAUCGCUAUCAAUGCCAUUAUUCUUAUCCCUUUCUACAUUAACACGAAGAUUGAAAGACCAGUAGACAUACCAGUUUUCAAUCUAACAUCAGGUGAUGAUCGAGAUACAACAUGGAAGGAAGUUUUGGACGUAGGAAAGGCAACAGUCCGCAAAUUUCCAUUCGAAGGACCACUGUGGUAUCCAAACGGAAACAUCAGACAUAAUAAACUAAUACACGAACUCUGUGUAUUCUUCUACCAUAUAAUUCCCGCCUAUCUUAUUGACUUUUUAAUGCUUAUCUUUGGUCAAAAAAGAUUUAUGGUGCGCAUACAGAAUCGGAUUUCAGUUGGUUUAGAGGUGCUUCAGUACUUUACUACGCGGGAAUGGUGGUUUGAUACCCAUAACUUUAAAGCGUUAUCAACUAAACUGAACCUAACCGAUUUUGCCACUUUUCCUAUGAAUCUAGCAAUAAUUGAAGUCGGUCCUUAUAUUGAGACCUGUAUGAUAGGCGGAAAAUUAUUCUGUCUUAAGGAGAAAUUGGAAAAUCUACCAAAGGCAAGGUUCCAAAAUAAUAUAUUAUUCCUUCUGGAUCUCCUGGUGUCCAUAUUUUUUUAUUUGCUGUUGAUAUAUUGGAUGGUUCUGCUGUUCGAACCUCUGCGUCAAUUAUUAUCGUACGGCGGUCCUUUUGUAAAAUUUUUACCAUUAGUUGGGAAAGCUGUUUUCAAAGAACAGGAU